GUCGAACUGGCGCGACCGAGACCGGCAGUAACACACCGACGCCGCUACUACCACAAUUGCAUUUCACUUUGACAAUGGGCAGCGACAACGCCGAGGACGACUUUGAAGACGACGACGAAGUGAGCUACGACGCCGACAGCUACAUCUCUCGCCCCGGCAGCGAAAGCACACUCGAAAUCGAGCGCAGCCGCCUCACGCGCAGUAGAACGUCGUCGCAAGACUCGACAGACUACGUCAUGCGAACGCACGUGCCUCUGUGGUGCAAGCAGGCGCGGGCACUCGGGUACCUCCAGUCCGUGGCGAUCUCGACGAUCGCGCUCGAGCCUGGGCAAAGAGCGCGGUCGACGGUCUAUUACAUUCUCGACGUCUUCUACGCGCUGCCGCAGCUGGGCUCGGUGGGAUCCUUCCAGCAGUGCGUCGCGCCCCAGUACCAGCUCCGCCGACGCUAUAGCGACUGCUUUGGCUUGCGACGACGCUUGCUCGAGAUCACUGCAUCAAGCGACCAUCGCCACGUGUGCGACUACUGCAAGGACCUGCAUCGCGCUCUCAAAGCGACGCGGUUUCCCAGCCGAUGGCCACGCGCGUGGGACACUGUCUCGUGCUGGCACACGACCCUCAUCCGAAAGCGCCAAGCUGGUUUGCAAAGCUGGCUGAAUCGACUGCUGCUGGCGACGCACAAGACCGUGACGCCGGUCGGGACGUGCGAGGCGUCGCUGCUCGUGCUGCAUGAGCUCUCGUUGUUCUUCCUCGAGUCGCCGCCGACCGACUCGGACCGAUAGAAAGUGACGGUCACCAUAAUGUAUUUUCCAUGGCAAGGCGUUUGCUCUUCG